AUGCCUCAGUCCCAAGACGCGACCUCUCCCGCCCUCGCCAACAAGCGACACGACCAGCAACACCCCCUUCCCGAAGACACCUUCAUCCAGGACCAUGAUGCCCAGGAGUCGGGUGCCGAUGACGACGAAGACGAGGAGAAGCCAAAGUCCGACAAGAAGGCGGGCCGUAGGAAAAUCAAGAUCGAGUUCAUUCAAGACAAAUCUCGUCGGCAUAUUACUUUCUCCAAGCGUAAAGCUGGGAUCAUGAAGAAGGCCUAUGAGCUUUCGACCCUCACCGGCACCCAGGUCCUCCUCUUGGUCGUCUCCGAGACAGGCCUUGUAUAUACCUUCACAACAGCAAAGCUCCAGCCCCUCGUCACUCAGCCCGAGGGCAAGAACCUCAUUCAGGCAUGUCUGAAUGCCCCUCACGGCACCCUACCCUCCUCGAUGCCAGUCGGCGCACCCCUCGGCCGCUCGAAUCCAAUGUCGAUGGGCGCCCACCACGGCCCGACCCCAGCGGCGCCCAACGUCCCCGGCGGGCUCUCGAUCGCAGGC